CCUUGUCCCUCCCCUCCCCAGAUCCCCACAGCCGCAGCAGCAGCAGCAGCAGCCGCCGCAGCCCCAAGCUGUCAGAGGUCAGCUGAGCCCCCAAACCAAAGAGUAAGCACCAAUGGCCAAUAGUGGAGAUGAUCCCACUGUAUUCAGCUGCACUGCACUGCCCUCAGACUCCCGUCUUCUUCCGACAGUCACCAACGCCUAUCUGGGCACCCGAGUAUAUAGGGACAUCCUCCAUGUAAAUGGCAUCUAUAAUGGGGCCGUGGGGGACACUCACCGUGCUGAUGUCCCCAGCCCCAUCAACGUCAGAAUGAAGGUAUCCAGUAAGGAUGGAGUGACCGAGACCUUCUCCUUGAACACCAGGACAGGGACCUUCAGCCAUGUACUUCAGUCUCCUGAGUACACAGCCACCCACAGGAUCUAUGCCCACCAUGCCCGUGUGCACCUGCUGGCCUUCAGCAUCACCAUCCAGCGAACAACGACCAAAAGGCAGCCCAUCACAGUGCAGCUCCAGACUCAGUUCACCCCAAAGAGCCCAGAUGUGGACUUUAACCGGGGGCCGGAUUACCAAGGAGCUCAAUACAUCUAUGGGAAAACCUUGAUCCCAGAAGUGGAGGGCGGCCCCCAGCCCACUGUGCACAUGGUCUGGACCCCGGUGCCACAGGCUGUGAUCCUGUUGGGUGAAGAGCAGGAACAAUCCUGGGAGUUCGUGACUGCAGUGGCAGAGAGCGAGGAGGGAGUGAAGAGGCACUUCCAGGAAGGAAUGUCCCUGGUUGCUGCUGGCUCCUUAUACUCCUCUCACACACAGGCCUGGGCGGCACGGUGGAGGGGAUGCUGUAUAGAUGUGGAUGGGCCUCUCCUUUUGAAGCAGGCUGUGUAUGGAUGCCUCUAUUACCUGCUAAGUGCUAUUCCUCCCCUUGGGUCUUCUGGCUUCCUUUUCCAUGGGAUGAGUCCCGGUGGGUUAUCCAAUGGCACACAGGGAGAAGACUACUGGGGACAUGUGUUCUGGGACCAGGACACCUGGAUGUUCCCCAGCAUCUUGCUGUUCCACCCAGAGGCAGCCCGUGCCAUCCUAGAGUACCGCAUAAGGACACUAGAUGGAGCCAUGUGCAAUGCACAGGAGCUGGGAUAUAAGGGUGCUAAGUUCCCAUGGGAGAGUGCAGCCACAGGCCGUGAGGUCUGCCCGGAGGAGAUCUAUGGAGCUCAGGAAAUUCACAUCACUGGGGACGUCCUGCUGGCCUUUGAGCAGUAUUACCACGUCACACAGGAUACGAAGCUGUUCAGGGAGGAUGGAGGCUGGAAUCUGGUGGGUGCAGUGUCCCAGUACUGGUGCAGCAGAAUGGUGUGGAGCGAGGAGGAGCAGUGCUACCACAUCAAAGGUGUCAUGCCCCCAGACGAAUAUCACUACCAGGUCGAUAACUCCGUUUACACCAACGCCGUGGCCCAGAGGAGCUUAAACUUUGCUGCUGACCUGGCCCAUGACUUUCAGAUACCGGUCCCUGAGGAAUGGCUUGAGUUUGCCAAAAAAGUCAAGGUGCCAUUUGAUACUGAAAAGAAGUACCACCCUGAGUAUGAUGGGUACCGCACAGGUGAGCAUGUGAAGCAGGCGGAUGUUAUCCUGCUGGGAUUCCCUAUGAUGUAUCCCAUGAGCCCCGAAGUCCGAAGGAAUGACCUGGAGAUGUAUGAACCUGUCACUGAGCGGGAUGGGCCAGCCAUGACUUGGAGCAUGUUUGCGGUAGGCUGGAUGGAGCUGAAGGAGGUCCAGAGGGCACAGAACCAACUGAGCAAAUGCUUCAACAAUAUCACUGAGCCAUUCAAGAUCUGGUCAGAGAACUCGGACGGGUCUGGAGCCGUGAAUUUUCUGACAGGGAUGGGUGGCUUCCUGCAAGCUGUCCUCUUCGGAUACAUGGGGUUCAGGAUCACAAAGAACAGCCUGAACUUUGACCCUGUCUGCCCAGAAGACAUCAACAGAAUAAAGGUCACAGGAGUCUCUUACCUUGGAAACAAGCUGAAUUUCACCAUCACCAAAGAGAGAAUUAGGAUAAAGGUGACAAAGUCCUCAGGUGACCCUCGCUCAUCUCUCCUGGAGGCUGUGCUGGUAGAAUCAGGGCAGCACAUCCCCUUGCAUGAAGGACAAAUUGUCGUCUUCCCUACAACUGCUGGCUGGAUUCAGAGAGCAUCAGCUGAGCCAUUUUAAGCCCCAGAUGUUUUGUUUUCCAAGCCAAGCAUUAAAACCAGCAGAAUGGCAGAAAGCAGGAGCCCUCAGGGGAGCAUGGGCUGGGGCCCCACACUGUGUGGCAGUGACUGAGGUUUGGCUGCCCAUGGCAGUGUGGAUGAGUGACCCACUCCAGUGGGGUUGUGCCUGCUUGCUUCCCUUCUCUUGUGACCAGUGAGUGUGUGCUAGGCAGGCAAGAUAUGGUGGGAGUGCACUGUUCCCUUCUGCUCUUUGCAAAUAUUACUGCUGGAAAAUGA